AUUCUCCGCCCUCCUUAGACCGGAGCGCCACCUCUCGAGCGAAUAGACUGUCCAGGCAGCCGAGAACGCGACGGAAAGCGACGGGGCUGAGACAUUUCGAGCUUCCUCGGCUCCCGUAGUUUUCGAACUUCUACCGCGGACUUCCCUUCCUGGUUGUGGCGCUCAUGGACCCUCUCGGCUAGCAUGAAUUUCCUCCUCUGCUUGAUCGCUGUGGGGGGUGUUGCCGCUCUCGUACUGCUGCGGCUGUGGCUGGUGCUUUGCUUCCGAAAAGGGGGGAUACCGACUGCGUCCGUUAGAGUGCUGGUGGUGGCCGGGUCCGGUGGGCACACCACAGAAAUUCUGAGACUGCUUGGCAGCUUGUCCAAAGACUAUAAUCCAAGGCAUUAUGUCCUUGCUGAUACUGAUAAGAUGAGUGCUGUUAAAAUACGUUUGUUUGAAGAGAAGAGAGCUGAGAGAGACUCUGAAUCCUUGUACACCACUCAUGUCAUCCCAAGGAGUCGGGAGGUUCAGCAGUCUUGGAGCUCUACGGUGUUCACAACCUUGUAUGCUGUGUUGUACUCCCUUCCUCUGACUUUUCGACUCAAGCCAGACUUGGUAUUGUGUAAUGGACCGGGAACAUGUAUUCCUAUCUGUGCAUCUGCCCUUCUUCUUGGGAUACUAGGAAUAAAGAAAGUGAUUAUUGUCUACGUUGAAAGCCUCUGCAGAGUGGAAACCUUAUCCUUUUCCGGAAAGAUCCUUUACCACUUUUCAGAUUACUUCUUUGUUCAGUGGCCAGCCCUUAAGGGAAAAUAUCCCAAAUCUGUGUAUCUUGGGCGAAUAGUUUGACAGAGGCCAAAUGGCGUUUUCAGAUUUCUGCAGUCAACUAUGGUAUUUUUUAUAAUAGGUAAGAAAAGAAUUAUCAAUACAGACUUUCUAAAACGUCAAGAAAAUUACUAGCCUUUGUAAGGCAAGGAUAUGAUUAGUAAACUGAGGAGCCUGUUUUGCAAAGUGGAUUUCAGUUAAACAAGGAAAUAAAUUUGAAAACAACAUCAUGAAAUAUUUAUGGAAUUGUUCACAAGGUCUUCUUUCUGGAUUUGAGUGCCUAUCAUUAACCCUAGAUCAUCUCCUGAUUUUCUCAUUAUUUUAGGAAUAUGAUUUGUCUACAACUAAAUAUAGAAUUUGUAUGAUUUGUAA